GUCUUUUCUAGCUUCGUUCAAUCCGGGGUAAGGCCCCUACCCAGGCAGAAGGGCAACACGAUUUAUGUAUAGAGUCAGCGGCGUGUAGGAUAUAAAUACAAGAUCGUUGACGCCCGACGUUUAUCCCAUAUGGACCAACUCCUUUCUUUGCUUGACACAAACUUCAAUCUACGGCCAGUUCUACAUAUAACAACAUCAACCUCCUAUAAACUAACCCGCCUCCCAGCUCCUUACUUCCCAUAAGCCAUCAAAAUGCGGAUUUCACUACUUACACUCAUCCCCAUCCUCACGGCUCUAACUGCCGCAACACCAACCCCCGUCCAACAAGCCGACCCCUCCGCAACAUUCUACGCCGAGCUCUUCAGCACAGCAUCCGACUGCAGCGCAACCUCCGGCAUCAAAGCGUUCCUCUACAGCCGAGGCGCAUGCCAGAACAUCGCCGUGCCCGGCACUGGGUCCGCGCGCGUGCGGUAUAACGAGCAGCCUGAUACUCUUACCCUGACGGGCUGGACUGGGGCAAAUUGUACGGGUGAUGCGGUGGUUGUAGGUAGUGAGGUUGGUGUCUGUGUAUCGCUUGAUGGGAGGGAUGUUGUGAGUUGGUCAUAUUAG